UGCCGAUGAGCUGCUGAGGGGGCGUUGUCGGAAUGGUUCCGAGGCUGUUGGAGUCCGUCCUGCAGUUGACACCGAGAGUGUGACAAGAACGAGUGUCAGGGAGACGGCUGGGCGAGAGCGGCCUCCGCGGGUCUCAUGGUCUAGUAUGGACCCUGUUGCUGUUCACAGCUGCCACCUCCUGCAGCAGCUGCGAGAGCAGCGGAUCCAGGGCCUGCUUUGUGACUGCAUGCUGGUGGUGAGGGGUGUCUGCUUCAAAGCACACAAGAAUGUCCUGGCAGCCUUCAGCCAGUAUUUCAGGAGCCUCUUUCAGAACUCUUCCAGCCAGAAGAAUGACGUUUUCCACCUGGACGUUACAAACGUCAGUGGCAUAGGGCAGAUCCUGGACUUCAUGUACACAUCGCGCCUCGACCUCAACCAGGACAACAUUCAGGUGAUGCUGGACACAGCGCAGUGUCUGCAAGUGCAGAAUGUUCUGAAUCUGUGCCACACAUUUCUGAAGUCGGCCCCUGCAGCACAGCUGCCAGGCUUGCCUUGUGCUGCUGGUUUCUCCCUGCAGAGUGUGGCUCUGGAUGGCACCUGCGCCGUUAGUGAGCACUACCCUCCUCCCUCGCUGCAGGAGUGCCCUGUGGAAGGCCCGCAGGCUAAAGUCCCGGCUGAAGUGAAUCCUCGUGCUCCAUCGGCAGAUUUCAGUCGUCCCACGGAAGUGUCAAAACCAGAUGCUGCAGGCGGCAGCUGCCCAGAGCUGCCCUGCAAGCAGCCCAACCACUAUUACAAACUCAGAACAUUGUACAGCAAGCAGUACUACAAGCAAACUGCCUGCCCCAACCAGGUGCCUGCCGCACAACAGCCGCUCACUCACAGUGCCUCCACAGACCUCGCUGCAGCAGCCUCGCAGCCUCCUGUGGAGGGCCGUCCCGCUGUCCUGGAGACUCCAGAGCACUUGCCUUCCACCUUUGUGGCUCCACCUGUCAGGAACUCUGGCAAUGACUCUGAGGCAGACCCCCUUUCUGAGCCCCCUGCCAAGCAGAUGAGGCUGAAGAAGGCCAUGCACCUGAAGAAACUAAACUUUCUCAAGUCACAGCAGUCGGCUGAGUGCACCUCACACCCUGAGCCAGAUAAUGGCUUGGCCAGGAGGGAGGAGUCUGCUGCUAAGGAAGAUGCAGUGGAGAGAGCUGGAAGCCAGACUGCUGAAGAGAAAGGGAGGGAAGAACUGGGUCCAGAGAGCAGCCGUGAGGAGGAGCUGCCAGGAGCCCCAGCUUCCUGGGAAGACCCGUCCCAGGCUCUCCAGUCCCAGAAACAGUAUGCAUGUGAAUUGUGUGGGAAGCCUUUUAAACACCCAAGCAAUCUGGAGCUGCACAAACGGUCUCAUACAGGUGAGAAACCUUUUGAAUGUAACAUUUGUGGGAAACACUUCUCUCAGGCAGGCAACCUUCAGACUCACUUACGCCGGCACUCUGGGGAGAAGCCAUACAUCUGUGAAAUCUGUGGAAAGAGGUUUGCAGCCUCUGGUGAUGUCCAGCGCCACAUCAUCAUUCACUCUGGAGAGAAGCCACACUUGUGUGACACGUGCGGCCGAGGGUUCAGCAAUUUCAGCAAUUUGAAAGAGCACAAAAAGACGCACACGGCUGACAAGGUGUUUACCUGUGACGAGUGUGGGAAGUCCUUUAACAUGCAGAGGAAGCUGGUGAAGCACCGCGUGCGGCACACGGGGGAGCGGCCAUACAGCUGCCCUGCCUGUGGGAAGUGCUUUGGGGGCUCAGGAGACCUGCGCAGGCACGUGCGUACUCACACUGGGGAGAAGCCGUACAGCUGUGAGGUCUGCAGCAAGUGUUUCACACGCUCGGCUGUGUUGCGGCGGCACAAGAGGAUGCACGGCAGAGCUGAUGCCAGGAGCCCCGUUGUGCUGGGUGAGCUGAGCCGGCCCAUUGAGCCCUCUGACCUGGACAGGUCUCAGAGCUCGGACUCCUUCUCCCAGGAUGUGUCUGUCACACUGAUGCCUAUGUCUGUCAAGCUCCCUGUGCAGCCCGUGGAAAGUUCUGUGGCAGGAUUCGAUGGUCAUUGUACUGGCUCCUACUGUAAGUUACGCUCCAUGCUUCGCCCUCCUAGCAUGAGUGACCAGGACAGACUGAGCCUGGAACCUUCUAAGCUGGCCAAGCCACCGGAGUUGCAGAGCCAGCCGCAGGCCUACGCAUACUCAGAUGUGGAGCCCUCAGCAGGUGUGGAGCAGCCACAGGCCGAUGGCAUGGCUGUGUCCCGCUCUUCCCUGGCCACUCUGGACAACCACUGCACUGAGUCACUGGGCAGCCGGGCACCUUCAGUGACCUACAGGAACUCUGAGGGACAGUUUUUCUCCAGUAUGACUCUCUGGGGGCUGGCAAUGAAGACGCUGCAGAAUGAACAUGAGCUGGAGCAGUGAGGUCUUGUAACACUAGAGAGAACCGUCCCUCCUGCCCAGCCCAGCUCUGCAGAACCCAGGGAGUGGGAGAAAGGCCUGCUUGCCCCUGCUGGUCCCAGGGAGGCCGACUGCAUAGGGCUGUCUAUGUCUACGCAGCAGUCAAGGGUGAGAACAGCUGAUUCACAUUAGUGCAACAGUGCACCUAAUGUCAGCUACUGUACAUUUGGUCCUGUUAUGACAUCUGUAUACAUAAAAUAUAGAUAUUUUUACAUUUUUAUAUGAUAGAAGAUUUUAGUAUCUUAUAUUUUAAAAUAUUUAUACAGAUUCUAUUUGUAUAUUAAACUUAUAAUUUAAUUUGAAUAAAUGAGCUAGCUUUUUCAUAUAAUGUUUUAUAUUUUGUAAAUUUUUCCAGUACUAUACUUUUUUUUUCAGGGUCUCAUCAUGUAGCCCUAGCUAGCCUUGAACUGUCUAAGGAAACCAGGCUGACCUUGAACUCACAGAGAUCCACCUGUGUCUGCCUCUUGAGUGCUGGAAUUAAAGGCAUGUGCCACCAUGCUCAGUUUCCAAGCAUUAUUAAUCUUAAGACCUUAAUACUAUAAAACCACAUAUCAAUGCAGAAGAACCUGGGUUUGAGCCUCAGCACCACCCAAAAAUGUGUCACUGACCUGGCUAUAAGCCUGGAGUCCAGUCAUGUUACCAGCCUGCAGUGGAGGCCUCAGAGUUUUCUGAGCAGCCUGACCUGGCAGCCACUUCUGGGUAGGCCUUAGCCAACUUCUUGGCCACCCAGGAUUUUUAGACUGGCUGGCUGAGAAUAAGAUGAGCCCUUAUAGGCCUGAAGUAGUCUAGCACCCACUGGGAAGUCCCAGUCACCUUCUGCCUUUAAUAGAGCUCCCUGGCUGAGUUUACUUAGUCCCUCAGGCCUGGGGGCUCCUAUGAUGUCCAUAGUACUGUCUCUAGAAUGUCUAAGCAAACAUGAGAAUGGCUACCUUGUAGCACAC